CUGAAAAUUUUUCAUUUUCUAUCUGAAAAAUUUCCCAUUUGUUUUCCCUUUCUCGCCACACAAACACCCCCAUAUCACCCAUUUCAGAUGGUUUUUAUUCUUCCAUAUCUCGGCUCGUAAGUUUCUCACCGUAAAAUCUUCUGGUUUUCAACAUACGAAAACGACACCGUAAAACAAGGAGAAACAGUUCUUAUAAUCCUAGGCUAAGGUUUUGAAUUGAAAUAUGUUCAACAAAAUCAUCAAGCGCGGUCACAGAAAGGGAUCCAAAUCGAUUCCAAAUGGAAAUGUGACCGUGAACCAUUCGUCCGUCGCCAGUUUGGAGGCACUGCCGGCGGUUGUGUCACCGUCGCGCCCGAUGGUCCCGAACGCUGUCAUUGAGAGUUUGCCUUUAUUUCGUGAUGUAUCUUCAUCUGAAAGGUUGAAUUUAUUCAUUCGUAAGAAUCACCUUUGUUGCGUUUUGUGUGAUUUUAACGAAAACUCUAAAUUGGGAAUCGAAAAAGAGAUAAAGCGAAAAACGUUGCUUGAGUUGGUCGAUUUUAUUCAAUCUGAUUCGAGUAAAAUCAAUGAAGCCAUGCUUGAAAGUUUGAUUAUGAUGAUAUCUGUCAACAUUUUUAGGUGUUUGCCACCUGCUUCACACGAAAACACAGGGUCUUUGACGGAUGAUGCAGACCCUGAGGAUGAGGAUCCAUGGAUGGAUCCUGCCUGGCCACAUUUGCAGAUUGUUUAUGAAAUUUUGUUGAGGUACAUUGUAUCCUCUGAGAAGGAUACCAAGUUAGCUAAAAAGUUUAUUGAUCAUACUUUUGUGUUGAAGUUGAUUGAUUUGUUUGCUUCUGAGGAUCCUCGAGAGAGGGAGUUCUUGAAAAUGGUGCUUCAUAGGAUAUAUGGAAAGUUCAUGGCUUAUAGACCCUUUAUUAGGUGUGCAAUAAAUAAUGUGUUCUAUAGGUUUAUAUUUGAGACAGGUAGGCAUAGUGGAAUUGCCGAGUUGUUGGAGAUUUUAGGGAGCAUUAUUAAUGGAUUUGUAUCACCAUUGAAACAUGAACAUAAAUUGUUUCUUGUACGGGCUCUGCUGCCAUUGCAUAAGGUUAAAUAUAUUUCCAUCUACCAUCAGCAGCUGACUUAUUGUGUAACACAGUUUGUUGACAAGGAAUAUAAAUUGGCACAUGUUGUGAUUAGGGGUUUGUUGAAGUAUUGGCCAAUGAUAAAUUGUCAAAAGGAGGUUUUGUUUCUUGGAGAACUUGAAGAAGUUUUGGAUUUAACAAGACCUGCAGAGUUCCAACAGUGUAUGGUUCCUCUAUUCAGACAGAUUGCACGCUGCCUUAAUAGCUCCCAUUUCCAGGUUGCGGAAAGAGCUCUGUUUUUGUGGAACAAUGAACACUUGGUAGAGUUGAUUGCUAAUAACCGAAAUGUGAUUCUCCCAAUAAUCUUCGAGUCUUUGGAGAAGAACAAGCAAACUCACUGGAACCCAGCAAUCCACGGGCUUACUGGCAAUGUGCAAAGGAUGUUCCUAGAGAUGGAUGCUGAUUUAUACGAAGAAUGCCAGAGGCAGCUUGAAGAAAAGGAGGCCAGGGCUGACAAAUUAGAAGAAGAACGACAGUUGAUGUGGAAGAAACUCGAGGACAUUGUAGCACAAUCCGGGGGAGCUGAUAUGGUUUUGGUUAAUUGACGGGUAAGCUGCAUUCAUUCACACUAUAAUGAUAACAAUCCAUUCAUUUAGAAUAGAAUCAGAUUUGCUUCACUUCUAGGUUAACUAUUAUUCUUUCAUUCAAUUCAACAUAGAGGUUAUAUUAUCAAAUUUAGGAAGGCAAAGUGUAUGCAUGUGUCUUGCAAGUUCUUCACUUUGCUUGAAGUAAUUUUCUUAUUUUAUAUAAUUUGUAUGAAGCUUAAUUAAUAAUAUUAUAUUAUAUUUUGGGCA